AUGUCUUUCGAUAUACCGUUCGGCGAUCAGAUGCGUAUUGCAUUAAGCUAUGUAAAAUUCAAAACUAAUCAGAGGCGCAUGCGCACAAAUGAAAAAGUUGUGACCGACACAAUUUAUGGCAAAGUGAAGGGCGUCAAAUGGCAUUCGGUUUACGGUGGUUCUUAUUAUAGCUUUGAGGGUAUACCCUUUGCCAAGCCACCGAUUGGACGUUUGCGCUUUAGAGCGCCCGAAGAACCCGAGCCGUGGUCGGAUGUACGACGCUGUACGCGCGAGCAUCUUAAGCCAUGCCAAUACAAUAUUAUACUGAAGCAAGUGCAAGGCCGUGAGGACUGCCUCUAUUUGAAUGUGUUCACAAAAACGCUGCAUCCUCAGAAGCCGAUGCCGGUUUUGGUUUGGAUCUACGGUGGGGGUUUUCAAAUGGGCGAAGCCUCGCGUGAUAUGUACAGUCCUGAUUACUUCAUGAUGGAGAAUGUUGUAGUCGUUACUAUCACAUACCGUUUGGGUCCAUUGGGCUUCCUCGUGCUGGAGGACCCCGAGUUGGAUGUGCCUGGCAAUGCCGGUCUCAAAGACCAAGUGAUGGCUUUACGAUGGGUUAAGCGCAAUUGCCAAUUCUUUGGAGGUGAUCCUGAAAACAUCACUGUGUUUGGCGAAAGCGCUGGUGCUGCCUCAACACACUACAUGAUGCUCACCGAACAAACUCGUGAUCUAUUUCACAAGUGUGUCUUAAUGUCUGGUACCGCACUGGCACCAUGGGCCAACAUACCUCAAUACAAUUGGGCUUAUCGAUUGGCAAAAGCCACUGGCUACCGUGGCGAAAAUGAAGAUCGGCAAGUAUUCGAACACUUGCAGCACUGCAAAGCGAGCAGCAUGGUGAAGGUGUGCGAAGAUCUGCUCACCAGUGAUGAGCGUCAUCAGAGGAUGAUGUUCAGUUUUGGACCAACAGUAGAGCCAUACGAGAGCAAACAUUGUGUUAUACCGCGACCGCCUUUGGAAAUGAUGCGUAGCGCUUGGGGCAAUGAAAUACCCUUGCUAAUUGGUGGCAAUAGUUCAGAGGGUCUGCUAAUGUUCACCGAGGCUCGCAAAUAUCCGGAACUAAUGCACAAAUUGAGUAAAGAUGCCACAUAUUUGGUGCCGGACGACGCGAAUGUGAAUGUGGACCAGCGAAAGGAUUACGGUGAGAAGUUGUUGCGUCUACAUUUCGGUGACAAUGAACCUCGUUGGGAAACAGUAUUGCAGUAUGCCGAUAUCUUCUCUUACAAAUACUUCUGGCAUGGCAUCCAUCGUACGUUACUUUCAAGGCUUCAUCACGCCAAUUCGCCUACUUACCUCUAUCGUUUCGAUUUCGAUUCGAAGCACUUCAAUUUCAUGCGCAUCAUCACCUGUGGCCGCAACGUGCGCGGCACCUGUCAUGCUGACGAUCUCUCUUACUUAUUCUACAAUGCGGGUGCCAAGAAGCUGAAACAACGCAGUGCCGAAUUUCGCACCAUUCGCCGAUUGACCACAAUGCUAGUACGUUUCGCCGAAUGCGGCAAUCCAAAUAUACCGAUGAAUGAAGGGCACGACCACAGCUACCAUUAUCACCAUCACCAUCGGCAGCCGGCACACCACGCGCAACCAGUUCAGGCCACUAAUCAAAAUGGCAGUAGCAAUGCGCUUCAAAAUGUGCAACACAAGGCAAAUGGUGAUGGGCACGAACACCAUAGCCGAGAGCUCAGUACGGACGGCAGUUUUGAUGAUAGCGUCAGUGACGGUAUCGAGCUGGCGCUGGAAGUGAAGGCGGCAUUGACGAAAAAUGAAACGCCACCACAAGAGACAUGGUUGCCGGUAUCACGCGACUCGCACAUAUUCAAAUGCUUGAAUAUCUCCGAUGAAUUGGAGGUGAUAGAUUUGCCCGAGGCAGAAAAGUUGCGUUUGUGGGACGAAAUGUACACAGAUAAAACCCUACUCUAUUGAGUUCGUGCUUAUUUCGGGCACGUAAUUACGCUUUCCCGUUUGCUGUGUGGUUUGGUUUGUUGCUUAGCCACUUCGUUUGACAGUCGAGAGAUUGCUUGUAAUGGGUUGGCCGCACGUGAUGUAACUGUAGGCAUGGCGUAUUUAAAUGUGUGUGUUUCAUAGGAAGCCUUUGAAGGUGUUUCAGAAUACAUCCUUCGUAUGUGAUAUUAAGUGGAAAAAUAUACCUAAACUCUGUAUGAUCAGUGUUAGUUAUUUCUGUACUGCUAAGCAGUUCGAACUUUAUUUAUUUAUAUAACAGUUUCAUAUAUUAGCAUAUUUGUAUAUAAACACUAUUUAAAUAAAUAUA